AUGUCAACUGAGAUACGGUCCACACCCGUAUUGGAUAGUCUCGUCAAUGCUAAAGCGCAGUCUUCGCGGAAAGUCAACUCAACGUCAUACGAUAUGAAUGGUAGCAGAAGGGGGUCAUCGACUUUGGCGGUCGUCCCUGAGAAUCACAGUCAUGAUCAUCAUCACAACGCUCAAUCAUCACCAACUUCGCCCUUUGCACCGUCAAGCAGUCAGCCACAGAAAGUAUCGUCUAGAAAGUCAUCCAGUUCGACACCAAGCGCAGCAGGAGAUUUGAGGGAGAUGGAUAAAGCGUUGGAAAUGAAGAUGAGAAGGUCCCACUCAUCGACAUCUGCUUCAACGAUUGAAAAAGGUAAAUUCAAGGAAUUGCCAGGACAACAGCAAAGACAGAGAUCGAAAAGAGCAGACUGGGUGAUUGACCUGCUAGAAACUCAGAGAGGUGCGGAAAGUUGGAUAGACGAUCAAAGGGUCAUGUUGGUUUUAGGAGAUCCUACGCCAGCUGCCUUAGCUCCGAUACUGUAUGAUCCAGCAUUUUCCGACACUUUGUUGUUGGUCGGAUCGUCUACUCCUAAACCAGAUAUCGAAGCUCUCCUAUCACCCUCACAUCUUAUGUCAUCUAUGCCAGACCAGCAGAUCUUCCCUACCGUUCAACCAUUCACUCCCUCUGGCCAACAAUCGGGAGAUACUGAAUCCCAUGCUCUCGCCGUCCUCUUAACCCAAGCUACCGCGUUGGCUCAGCAGUUCCGCGCGAGAUCAAGUAUAUUCCCAAGAUCAAGAGCAGAAUCAUUCGCUUCGACCGGAUCGGGCUCAAAUUCACCUAAAAGGGUAUUUACGGGGCUGAGCAAUCCAUCGUCGAAUCGAACUUCGAUCGAAUCCACCAACAGCACAUCAAAUGACAGACAACAACAGAGGUCGGUAUCUAUGUUUGAUACGUCGACAGGUAAUGCGGACUCUACGCCAAAAGCCAAAAAUAGAUUAUCGUCAUUUAGCAUUUUAGGUGGUUUAAGGAGAAAUUCAGAAUCUUUCGAUAUUACACCUUCCUCUUCAAUCGGUGCUUCUUCUUCGUCGUCAGCAACUUUGAAAGAUAAUUUGUUCGAUGCGAUCAUCAACUUUGUUCCUGAAAUGAAGAAUUUCAAACCUGAGAGAUGUUUACAAGAUAUGUUGCAUCAAUCCGUAGUGAUAACGACAGGAAUCGUACCUCUUCUAACCGCUAAAUCGACUUCAACAUUAAAAGCCGCUUCGAAGAAAGAAUCGAAAUCGACUUCAACGGCAACGGCGAUGCCAAUAAGCUUGAUUCAUGUCUUACCGAAACUGAUGCCUACACCUUUACCAAACGUAAUUGAGAGUUUCUUAGUAUCGUUAUUACCGACUUUCCAACACAGAUGCUCGAGGGAGAUUUUCGGGUGCGUGACAACGACUCAAACUUGGUUAUCGCCUUUCGUACUUCUAAAAGCGAAGACCGAUCAAGGGGAAGAAGAUGUAUCUGGAGCUCAGGUUCUGUUAUUUGGUGGAGUUAGGUGUCCAUCUCAGGUAUUAGAUGAAGAGGAAGGACAAUGUAAACCGCGAGCGUUCUUGGCAGGUUGGUCAGGAUGUUUGAACAUGCCUGGAUUAAUCAAUGAAUCCAGAAACACCUCUUCUACAUCCACAUCGAAAGUUACUAGUCAAUAUAUAAAACAUACGAGACAACUUUCAACACCAUCGCCAGCAUCUAUACCUUACGAUUCAGUCAAGGCUCGAACCCCACCUCAAUCUAGAUCAUCUUCACCUUCAUCUUCGUCUCAGAAAGGUCGAUUACCCAGAUCAGCUUCUAUGCCCAUUCCCAAUAACAUUACAAACACAGCUACGACGAGGAGAUCGAGAUUACAUGUCAGUCAUACACCUCCUAUGAUGAGUGAUGGAGAAUUACCAGAUCAUGAAGGAGGAGGAGGAGGGGGAGGGACAUCACCACCUACACCUGAUUUGGAUUCUUCGAUCGAGUCGUCCAGAGCAUCUAGUAUAGCUUUGGCUGAAGCUGGUAGGAGAGGUUCGGAGAAUGAUAAUGAGGAGAUCAAGAUCGUUAAUACAAAUACGAAUUCGACAGGAUCGGAAGGUUCCCACACCCAUACACAGGAUAACACGGGAACGGGGACGGGGACGUUGGGGAAUACGAAGAAGGGGAAAUUGAAAAAUUGGUUCAAGAAGAAAUAA